GCUCCUUUCAUCCUCACAAGCUUAAGCAUGCAUUCUUCCCGCCAAUUUCUUUCUCGCGAUUCAUCUUCGAGAAACUCGCAGGCAAAAUCUUUGCGGCGUCGCCAAUCUCUUGGGGUUUCGUCUCCGGCGAACCAGAAGAAGAAAGCUCCCAAGAAAUCCAUUACUCCGAGAGCAAAGCGAAAUCGUCUGCCUUCUUACCUAAAACCUGGCUCCGCCGUGGAGAUCAGCUCCGACGAGGUUGAAUUCCGCGGCUCGUGGUACGCGGGAUCGGUGGUCACCACCUCAUCCUCAGAUAAGAAUUCCGGCAAAGUCCAGGUGGAGUACACGACGCUGUUCUUCGACAAAGAAGGGCAGAAACGGCUGAGAGAGGUUGUCGACAUGGCUCAGCUUCGUCCUCCGGCUCCGCCCAUGUCUGAGAGGGAGAAGAAGAAGGAUUUCGCGGUGGGGGAAGUGGUCGACGCGUUUCACAACGACGGCUGGUGGGAAGGAGAUGUGACGGAGGUUCUGGGUGAUGGGCAAUUCAGUGUUUUCUUUAGGGGUACCAGGGAACAGAUUCGUUAUAGCAAAGAUCAAUUACGAUUACACAGGGAAUGGGUAAAUGGCGCAUGGAAGCCGCCACUAGAUGAACCGGAAGAGGAGGAAUCAGAAGAAGACAAAGGAGACGACACAGAAGACGAAGAGUCUCUUUUAUCACUAGUGGAUCCGGAAACUGCUAGAGCAGUUGCGAAAGAAAUGUUUUCCACUGGGACACUUGUUGAGGUUAGUAGCGAUGAGGAAGGUUUCAAGGGAUGUUGGUUUGUAGCUAAAGUCAUUGAACCCAUUGGCGAAGACAAGUACCUUGUUGAGUACCGAGACUUGAGAGAAGAAGAUGGCAUAGAGCCUUUGAAAGAAGAAAUCGACUUUCUGCACAUUAGGCCACCACCACCAAGUGAGGAGGAUAUAGAUUUUGCUGUUGGGAACAAGGUUGAUGCAUUUUACAAUGAUGGCUGGUGGGCAGGUCAUGUAAUAGAGAGUAUGCACGAUGGAAGAAUUGGUAUCUUUUUUAAGGAAUCAGGAGAAAAGAUACGGAUUGGAAGGCAGGGUCUUCGUCUGCAUAAAGUCUGGGUUAACGGGACCUGGCAGCUACCACUGAAAGGAGGAGAGAUCAAGAGGGCAAAGAAAGUUUCAUGUGAUCGGAACGUGAGACCUAAAAACGGAUUCGACAAGCAAUAUAUCAGCAUUGGAACUCCAGUAGAGGUUAGCAGUAUCGAAGAAGGAUUUGAAGAUUCUUGGUUUCUUGCAAAACUUAUUGAAUACAGAGGAACGGACAAAUGCCUUGUAGAAUAUGAUAAACUGAAAGCUGAAGAUGGGAAAGAGCCCUUGAGAGAAGAGGUUGAUGUUUUUCAGAUAAGGCCUCAACCACCAGAGAUGGUCGUGGUUAAUCCGUUCGAGAAACUUGACAAAGUUGAUGCUUUGUAUAAUGAUGGAUGGUGGGUCGGAUCCGUUAAAAAGAUUCUUGCAAAGUCAAGCUACCUGGUUUAUUUCAGUAAAAAUGACGAGGUGCUAAAAUUUCAUCAUUCUCAACUAAGGCUACAUCAGGAAUGGAUUGAUGGCAAUUGGAUAACAUCUUCGAAGUCUCAGACGGUGUAAUUGCGCUGGAGAACACGUCAGGAUUUUGGGAUCUCAAGUUUUGUUAAUUUUUUGGAGGCAUUUGAAUCUCUUAGUUAUAACCCUGAUGUUCCUCAUUAUUGUAGACAAUUGCAGUUAUCAUAAUUGAUUGAAAGGCAAUACAAAGA